UGAAGCUUUCGGGGCUCCGUGCUGUCAGCCGCGGGGUCGGGUGGGCCGGGCGUGGCUAGGGAACGACACCCCUGCCCGCGGGGGUCCCUGCAGCUAUGGCCUGCUCCAUCGUCCAGUUCUGCUCCUUCCAGGACCUGCAGUCCGCGCGCGACUUCCUGUUCCCUCAGCUGCGGGAGGAGACCCCCGGCGCCCUGAGGAGGGACCCGAGUAAAUCAUCAAACUGGGAAGAUGAUAGUUGGGGAGCAUGGGAAGAAACAGAACCCCAGGAACCCGAAGAAGAAGGAAAUGCUUCUAAAACACAAAAAACUUCCUGGCUUCAAGAAUGUGUUUUAUCCUUAUCUCCAACCAGUGAUCUUAUGGUGAUAGCCCGGGAGCAAAAGGCUGCGUUUCUAGUGCCAAAAUGGAAGCAUGGUGAUAAAGGGAAGGAAGAAAUGCAGUUUGCUGUUGGUUGGAGUGGCGCCCUGAGUGUGGAAGAAGGGGAAUAUGUGACCAGUGCUCUCUGCAUCCCACUGGCAAGCCAGAAGAGGAGUUCCACUGGGCGUCCUGACUGGACCUGCAUUGUGGUGGGAUUCACGUCUGGUUAUGUGCGGUUCUACACUGAGAGUGGUGUGCUUUUGCUUGCACAACUUUUGAAUGAGGACAAAGUGCUUCAGCUUAAGUGCAGGACCUAUGAAAUCCCCCGACACCCUGGAGUGACCGAGCAGAAUGAAGAACUGAGCAUCUUAUAUCCAGCCGCCAUUGUGACUAUUGAUGGCUUCAGUCUUUUUCAGUCCCUCCGUGCUUGUCGGAACCAGGUGGCAAAAGCUGCAGCAUCAGGCAAUGAGAACAUACAACCACCACCGUUAGCUUAUAAGAAAUGGGGUCUACAAGAUAUUGACACUAUUAUUGAUCAUGCUAGUAUUGGUAUUAUGACUCUGUCGCCUUUUGAUCAGAUGAAGACUGCUUCCGUUAUAGGGGGGAUUAAUGCAACAAUUAAAAACAGCCCACCUGCCAUGUCUCAGUAUAUCACUGUGGGGUCCAGUCCCUUCACUGGCUUCUUCUAUGCUCUAGAGGGAAGCACUCAGCCACUGUUGUCUCACGUCGCGCUCGCAGUUGCAAGUAAACUGACUUCUGCUCUCUUUAGUGCUGCCAGUGGUUGGCUUGGUUGGAAAAGCAAGCAUGAAGAAGAGACCGUCCAGAAGCAGAAGCCCAAGAUGGAGCCAGCUACUCCCUUAGCUGUGAGAUUUGGACUUCCGGAUUCUAGACGCCAUGGAGAAAGCAUAUGCCUGUCUCCUUGUAACACCCUGGCAGCAGUCACAGAUGAUUUUGGCAGAGUUAUCUUGUUGGACGUUGCUCGAGGAAUUGCAAUACGGAUGUGGAAAGGGUACCGAGACGCACAGAUCGGAUGGAUUCAGAUUGUAGAGGACCUCCAUGAACGAGUACCAGAAAAGGGGGAGUUUUCCCCCUUUGGAAAUACUCAGGGUCCCAGUCGAGUGGCUCAGUUCCUUGUGAUCUAUGCGCCACGAAGGGGAAUUUUGGAAGUAUGGAACACACAGCAAGGACCAAGGGUGGGAGCUUUCAAUGUGGGCAAGCACUGCAGGCUGCUGUAUCCCGGCUACAAAAUAAUGGGCUUAAACAACGUGACAAGUCAGAGUUGGCAGCCUCAGACUUACCAGAUCUGUCUUGUUGACCCGGUGUCUGCAAGUGUAAAAACGGUGAACGUGCCUUUCCAUUUAGCACUGAGUGAUAAGAAGAGUGAAAGAGCCAAGGACCUGCACUUGGUGAAGAAACUGGCAGCCCUGCUAAAAUCAAAGUCACCCGGGCCUGAUUCAUUUGAAACGGAAAUAAAGGAGUUGAUUCUUGAUAUUAAGUACCCUGCAACCAAGAGACAAGCUCUGGAAAGCAUUUUGGCCAGUGAGCGUUUAUCAUUUUCCUGCCUUAGAAACGUUACUCAGACUUUAAUGGACACUUUAAAAAAUCAAGAGCUCGAGUCUGUGGAUGAAGGACUGCUGCAAUUUUGUGCCAAUCAGCUGAAGUUACUACAUCUUUAUGAAUCUGUCAGCCAGUUAAAUUCUGUUGAUUUUCACUCAGACACACCGUUCUCUGAUAACGACUUGGCUGUGUUGCUAAGACUGGACGAUAAGGAACUUGUGAAGCUCCGGGCCUUAUUAGAGAAGUACAAACACGAAAACACCAAGACCACUGUCCGGUUUUCUGAGGAUGCAGACGGAGUGCUACCUGUCAAGACCUUCCUCGAAUAUCUAGAGUAUGAGAAGGAUGUGCUGAGCAUAAAGAAGAUAAGCGAAGAGGAGUACGUGGCUCUAGGCAGUUUCUUUUUUUGGAAGUGUUUGCAUGGAGAAAGCUCCACGGAGGAUAUGUGUCACACUCUGGAGUCUGCCGGACUUAGUCCUCAGCAGUUACUGUCUCUGCUCCUAAGUGUUUGGCUUUCGAAGGAAAAAGAUAUUUUGGACAAACCACAGUCUGUCUGCUGUCUUCAUACCAUGCUGUCCCUACUGAGCAAGAUGAAAGUGGCCAUUGAUGAGACAUGGGAUUCUCAGUCUGUGUCCCCUUGGUGGCAGCAGAUGCGCAUGGCCUGUAUUCAGUCGGAGAACAAUGGAGCUGCCCUGCUGUCUGCACACGUUGGGCAUUCUGUUGCUGCCCAGAUGUCCAGCAAUUCUACAGAUAAGAGAUUUUCCCAGACAGCUUUGGGUGCUGAUGCGGAAGCCCUCACAGACUCCUGGGAAGCCCUUUCUCUUGACACCGAGUACUGGAAGCUCCUGCUGAAGCAGCUGGAAGACUGCCUCAUCCUCCAGACCCUGCUCCACAGCAAGGCCAGUCCUCCAGCUGCCAAAGUGUCAUCGCCACAGACAGAGCCACUUCCAAGGCUUUCUGUGAAGAAACUGUUAGAAGCAGGAAAAGGUGGUGUUGCAGACAGUGUAGCCAAGUGGAUAUUUAAACAGGACCUCAGCCCUGAAUUGUUGAAAUGUGCCAACCAAGAAAGAGAUUCAGAAAACCCAGAUGAACCCAAAGAAGGUAUUGCGCGAAGUUUCCUUGAGGUGCCAGAGGUGCAGAUAGACCUAGGAGCCAUACCAGACUUGCUGCGUUUAGCCUAUGAGCAGUUCCCGUGUAGCCUUGAGCUUGACGUGCUGCAUGCACAUUGCUGCUGGGAGUAUGUUGUUCAGUGGAAUAAAGACCCAGAGGAAGCACGCUUUCUGGUUAGGUCCAUAGAGCACUUGAAGCACAUUCUUAAUGCACAUGUUCAAAACGGUAUCGCGUUGAUGAUGUGGAAUACAUUCUUAGUUAAAAGGUUUUCUGCUGCCACCUACUUGAUGGAUAAGGUUGGGAAGUCUCCAAAGGAUAGAUUAUGCCGAAGGGAUGUGGGGAUGAGUGACACAGCAGUGACAUCCUUCCUCGGAUCCUGCCUGGAUCUUCUUCAGACUUCACUGGAGGCUGACAUUAGCAGGGAUGAAAUGCAGAUGCCAGUCCUGGACACUGAGGAUGCCUGGCUCUCCGUGGAGGGCCCCAUCUCUAUAGUGGAGCUGGCGCUCGAGCAGAAGCCUAUCCACUACCCACUGGUGGAGCAUCAUUCCAUCCUGUGCUCCAUCCUGUAUACAGCCAUGCGCUUUUCUCUCAAGAGUGUGAAGCCUCUUGCUCUUUUUGAUAGCAAGGGGAAGAAUGCAUUUUUCAAAGACUUAACUUCAAUUCAGUUAUUACCUAGUGGAGAAAUGGAUCCAAAUUUCAUUUCUGUAAGACAACAGUUCUUACUGAAAGUUGUCAGUGCAGCUGUCCAGGCCCAGCAUUCUGUCACCAAGGACAAAGAGCCCUCCGAAGAGGCAGCAACCACUCAUUGGAAAGACCACAACUGGCCAGUUCUGGCUGUGGACUUAGCUCAUCACCUUCAAGUGAGCGAAGAUGUCAUUCGAAGGCAUUAUGUGGGAGAGCUGUACAACUAUGGAGCUGACCUCUUAGGAGAGGAGGCCAUUCUGCAAGUUCAUGACAAAGAAGUUCUGGCAUCUCAGCUGCUCGUGUUGACAGGGCAGAGGCUGGCACAUGCACUUUUCCACACCCAGACAAAAGAAGGCAUGGAGCUGCUGGCCAGACUCCCACCCACACUCUGCACCUGGCUGAAGGCAAUGAACACCCAGGAUCUUCAGAACACUGAUGUGCCAAUCGCCACAACAGCUAAACUAGUGCACAAAGUAAUGGAGCUCCUGCCAGAGAAGCACGGGCAGUACAGCCUUGCCUUACACCUCAUCGAAGCUGUGGAAGCCAUGGCUACUUUAUGACAGUAGUCCAAAGUCCUGCGACCACACCAAUCACUGCAUGUCACUUUACACAGCAAGAUCUGGAACUUUUUGGAAUUUUUUUUUUUUGUAUAAUAAAUAAAUAUAUUACUUUUAAAAAGUGCAAUCCUGGCUAAAUUCCCUUUCUUCAGUUGAGACUGAAGAUAAAAUACAUUAACUGGGCUAUAAUGAAUACAGAUGCUUUACUGUUAUUUUUUCAUUCAAAUAAGUAGCUUUAUUGUUAAACUUUGUAUUGUGACUGAUUAUAAUUUGCAGAUUUCAUUCUUACUGUAGUAUUCCAGUUCAUAUCCAGAUGUCUCCUGUGGGAUGAAGUGUCCAUGCAGCUUCCAUCAGCAUGCCAGAGACUCAGCCACAGCCCUUUAGAACAUGCAGAGAUGUCCUGCUGUACUUGCCAGAAUUGGGAAUCAGAGAUGUGAACAAUGCAUCAAAAUCAACUAUAAUGUAAAUCAAGAUUUACUCUUUAUUUUGUCAAGUUCCAAAAUUGUAUCCACAUCAGGUAGUUGUAAAAAUGUAUUAUCUUGUAAGACUAUGUAAAAACAAAAGAACAAAGCAAAGAUUCUAAAAUA